AUGGGGCAGGGGACGCCGGGGGGCAUGAACAAGCAGGGAUUUCCUGGGGACAGGAAGCGUGAUGGGGACAAGAAGGAUAAGAAGUUCGAGCCGGCAGCGCCUCCGAGCCGCGUCGGAAGGAAGCAGCGCAAGCAGAAGGGGCCCGAGGCGGCGGCGAGGGUCCCGGCGGUUACGCCGCUCACCAAGUGUAAGCUCCGUCUCUUGAAACUGGAGCGGAUCAAGGAUUAUCUGCUCAUGGAGGAGGAGUUUGUUAGCAAUCAGGAGCGCCUCAAACCCCAGGAGGAUAAGAAUGAGGAGGAUCGGUCUAAGGUCGAUGACCUCCGGGGGUCUCCGAUGAGCGUUGGGAAUCUCGAGGAGCUGAUUGACGAGAACCACGCGAUUGUUUCGUCGUCGGUUGGGCCGGAGUACUAUGUUGGCAUUCUGUCGUUCGUGGACAAGGAUCAGCUCGAGCCUGGAUGCUCCAUCCUCACCCACAAUAAGGUAUUAAAUAGAUCUUGAUCCUUUAGCUGUUUGUGGUUUUCCGGAGACAUUUUGGAGUUGGAGUUUCGAGCACGGAUACCUGGCUUUUCUACAAUUAGGGUUUUUUGUUUCGUGGGUCGAGUUUUUUUGACCAAGGGCACAGUUGAGUGUGCUGUUUAGUUGCUUUGAAAAAUUAUCAGAUCUCAGCACAUAUUGCCAUUAUCCUCUGUUUUAGGUCUGAACUUUUGGAUCUGACAUUAGUUUUAACGUGGUGAGUAUUUUCUACGUUUUCAGUUCCUUCAUAAACAUGUUUCUGUCUCCAAAAUUCCCAAAUGAACCUUUUUGGUUCGGUUACCCAAAUUCUGCCAUCGUAUAGAAUGAGGACGACGAAGAUAUAUACUUUCCUCGGGGUGUGUAUAAAUAAAUAUAUAGAGAAAUUGAGGUAUAUUUAUAGAGAAUAAACAAGAUAAGUUAUUAAUGUUUGACCUGUAAUCGUAUUGUAUUUCCAGUUAAAGCUGCAUUAUGGUAAUCUCCCUUAAAAUAAGCACUGCACAAUUUUUUCCCAUUAUUUGUGCCAACAAGUAAUCUUCCUUGGUGGAAAGAUGAUAGUCUAUUUGUGGUCAUUGCUCAUCACGCUCAUCAUAUGUGAUGGGAUGGUUUUGUAGAGACACUGUAGAUAUAGUGAAGGCAUGAAUGUUUAUGUUUCUCUGACAGGUUUUAACCAACGUUGGGAUGGUUGAUUGCUGGUUGUUUUUGAAAUCCUACAGUCAUUGAAUGCAACUGAUGAUUAAUUAAAAAGAUGAUGCGAAACGGGGAUAGAGCAUGAUCAGUAUGAGAUUUAACUGUCAUGGUUUUAGCUAUCAGAGCUGAUGACAAAGAUAAUAUUGGAUUCAGUCGAUGUUUGAAAGAAAGGAUUAUUUUCGAUCAUUCAGGGGACAGAUUGAGUGUGGGACGAAUUUUUGUCUACUUGUACAUCUUUUAGCGUCCAGCAAGUUGGAAGAGUUCUAGUUUUUGUAAUAUGUAUUGUGGAAGGUGUUUCAUGUGCUUAUGAAGAGACAUCCAUUAAGUCUGCAUUGAAAUGUUUUAUCUUCUUUUCCCUAUUGGUUUACAGCUUCGUUUUUGUACGAAGAUUCAUCUGUACCUCAAGCGCGUUUUGCCAAUAAUUUUCUUUUUCACUUCGUAAUUUCUGCGAAAAAUAUGGGCGUGGUGGCACUUAGAUAAUAACUUGGCCUCUUUUUUCUGCUUAUGUACUUUAACAGGUUCUUUCUGUUGUUGGAAUUCUUCAAGACGAAGUUGAUCCAAUGGUUUCGGUGAUGAAAGUUGAAAAGGCUCCGUUGGAAUCAUAUGCAGAUAUUGGUGGAUUAGAUUCUCAAAUUCAGGAGAUUAAAGAGGCUGUUGAGCUUCCUCUUACUCAUCCUGAACUCUACGAAGAUAUUGGUAUAAAGCCUCCAAAGGGAGUUAUACUUUAUGGUGAACCAGGUACUGGGAAAACAUUGCUUGCCAAGGUCAGUACCGACUUAAAUUUCUUUUCUCAUGGUUGAUAUUCUGUUUCUUUAGAAAGUACGUCUUGUAGUUCUGCAGAAUUUUAGUAAAAUAUUUUUUGUGGUAUCCCAGACUUUAUUCAGUAUUCGUGCCUGUCCCAAGUGCACCAUGACUUUGCUCUCUGAGGCGCGGGAUCAGAUGGGUUGGCCGUUAGUAUCUUUGGGGAGAGUUUCAAAGCCGUGCUGAAACCAUUCGUGUUUUUUGCCAUUUUUGUCAAAAAUAUCCAAAAGUGUCUGAUCAAUGAUAUAGAUUGAUUUUUUGAGAAUUUUCAAGAGCUCUGGAUUGAAUAUUCCCACCUGAUUGAGUCAAUUUGGGUCAAACUGAAUCAUGUUGGGUAUGAAGAUACCAUAUAGUUCACACAAAUAGUAUGGAAUACCGUUGUCUACAUUCGUAUCAGCACACGUCUUGUGUGGAUACAUAAUUGACCUUGUCACUUUUAAGAGUUAACAAUGCGAAACAUUAAUAUGCAUCGAAAAUCAUGGAAUACUGAUUAAAUGCAUCCUUCUCCCAUCCUGUCCCAAUCAAUUUAUGGCCACAUAAUAUAUAUAUAUAUAUAUAUAUAUAUAUAGAUGUUUAUGCAGCUAAUCAUUUUUGCCUUCCCUAAAUAUGUUAUCCUUGUCUAUCCUUAUCUUCAUUGCAUGGAUGCCCAUUUUUGGGUUUAACACGUUUUAGGAUUUUCAUCUAUUAUUUUUCAGGUACACAGUUUAUUUGUGUAAUUUUUUUUUUAUAAAUAUUCUUCGCGUUUCAGGCUGUUGCGAACUCUACAUCGGCAACCUUCUUGCGCGUAGUUGGAAGCGAGCUAAUCCAGAAGUACCUGGGUGACGGUCCCAAACUGGUGAGAGAGCUCUUUAGAGUGGCCGACGAGCUCUCCCCUUCGAUAGUAUUCAUCGAUGAGAUAGAUGCUGUGGGAACUAAGAGGUAUGUGGGCAUCACCAGGUCUAUGAUUCUCUAAUGAUCGCUCGAGAUGCUGAGCUGCUGCACCACGAGCUUCUUUUCCUCACAGGUACGACGCCCAUUCAGGAGGCGAGCGCGAGAUCCAGAGAACCAUGCUGGAGCUGCUGAACCAGCUCGAUGGCUUCGACUCGAGGGGCGAUGUCAAGGUUAUCCUUGCGACGAACCGGAUUGAAAGCCUCGACCCGGCGUUGCUCCGCCCAGGUAGAAUUGACCGGAAGAUCGAAUUCCCUCUGCCAGAUAUCAAAACCAGGAGACGCAUCUUCCAGGUAUGAAUGCUCCGUGUGAAUGCUUCCUUCCUUCCUUCCUUCCUUUGUUCUUCUUUUUUUUUCCUAUUUUAGCAAUGUGGGUUUGCCAUUUUUUUUCCUAUAUUACCUGCUGAUGCUAUGUAAGUUAUGUUUUUUUGUCCUGGAAGAUACAUACAUCGAGGAUGACUUUAUCGGAUGAUGUGAAUCUAGAAGAAUUUGUGAUGACCAAGGACGAGUUUUCUGGGGCAGAUAUCAAGGCAAUAUGUACAGAAGCUGGCUUGCUAGCUCUGAGGGAGCGGCGGAUGAAGGUAGUAAUGCUUCCAUUGCUUCUUUUUUGCGGCGCCUUUGAAAUAUAUAUAUAUAUAUAUAUAUGAAGGUAGUAAUAUAUAUAUAUAUAUCAGAAUUUUGGUCUCAGAUUAUAUAUGAUCCACGUGACUCUGUCGUCCGUUGACUUUGAGUUGACAUGUAAGCAUCUCAGAGUUUAUCACUCUCUUUUUUCUUUUUGGUGUUGACAAAGUAUUAAGUUUCUAAAAAAAAAUAUUUCCAUGCGGUUUUUUUUUUUGUAUUUUUAGGAUCCCGGUCAGUCUCUUUGAAUUGUUUCCAUUUUUGGUUAUCUCUACUCCGGCAAGAUGCUGUAAAUGCCUGAGACACCACCAUGACUGUAAAUGUAUACUGGUUGGCCCAGAUAAUGGGGGCAGCUGCCGCGUGAUUCUUUCGUCCGUUGACUUUGAGUUGACUUUGAACCAUCUCAGAGUUUAUCACUUUCUCUAUUUUGGUGUUGAUAAAGAAUUGAAGUUUCUGAAAAAUAUACUUCCAUGCAGUUUUUUUUUUUUUUUUUUUUUUGUAUUUGUAGGAUCCCGGUUAAUCUCUUUGAAUUGUUUCCAUUUUUGGUUAUCUCUACUCCGGCGAGAUUCUAUAAAUGGGCCCCCAGAUAAUGGGGGUAGCUGCCACGUCAUAACUCAUGGCAUUCUCCCUGAUCUCCCUUCUUGCUUCCAGGUCACACACGUGGACUUCAAGAAGGCCAAGGAGAAGGUGAUGUUCAAGAAAAAGGAGGGCGUUCCCGAGGGGUUAUACAUGUGA